AUGUCGUUGGAAAGUAAUGGCCCAGCUUCCAAAAGAAGAAAGGUUUUGGAACCAUCGAAAUUCAGGCCAGGAUUUAUUAGAAAAGUUAGAGUAUGGAACUUCACUACAUAUUCAUACACCGAAUUCAAUCUCUCCUCAACUUUGAAUAUGAUCAUUGGUCCCAAUGGGAGUGGGAAGAGUACUUUGGUUGCAUCAAUAUGCAUUGGGCUUGCUGGUAGUAUCAAUUUAAUCAAACGUAAAAACUUGAAAUCGAUGAUUAAAACCGGUCAAGAAAAAUCGUCUGUGGAGAUUACAAUUGAAAAUUAUGAAGGCCAAUCACCUCUAGUGGUUAAAAGAGAGUUUACUGCCAAGGAAUCAAAUUGGACAGUUAACAACAAGCGGUCUACUGAAGCAAAAGUCAAGGAUAUAAGAGCCAAAUUCAAUAUUCAACUUGACAACCUUUGUCAUUUUUUGCCACAAGAAAGAGUAGCAGAAUUUGCAGGGCUAUCCCCAGAGAAAUUGUUGAUGGAAACAGAACGUACUCUUGGUGAUGGUCAUUUAUUGGUGAUGCACGAAGAUUUGAUUAGUAAGGAUAAUGAAAGUCAGCAAUUGGGCAACAAGAUCAAGGACAUCGAAGGGAGACUAGCAAAAUUACACGAAGAUAGAUCCAAAUUGGAAGAAGAAGCACGGAAAUUAGAGGAAUACGAUAAAAAGUCUCAAGAAGUUGAUAACCAUCGUCUUUUGAUUCCUUAUGCAAAGUACCAGGACUUGAAAAAUCAAAGAACUCAUCUUAAACGAUUGAGAGACGAAGCCAAACACAAGCUUCGUACUUUCCAAGCAAAUUUUAAACCAUUGGAAAACGACAUUACCAAUGCUGAAAAGUCAAUUAAUGACGAAUCAGAGAAAUAUUCAGAGCUAAAGAACUCCCUCAAACAAACUCUCAAUGAAAUAAACAAGCACAAGAACACACAAAAACAAGUUACCACUGAAAUAAGUGAAUUAAGAGCAAAUUUAAAGUCAUACCAAACAAGAGCGGAGCAGAAAAAGAAAGAACUACAAGAAAUCAAGAAGGAGAUAGCAGAAUUACAGGAAAAACAGAAAGGUUUACCUCAAGUUGACCAAGAAGAGAUCCAGAAUUUGACUUCUGAGUUGACAAGUAAAAGACACGAGUUGAGGGAUUUAGAGGAACAACUUCAAGAGGUGAACAGCCAAAGAAACGAAAUAGGUAGAGAAUUAACGCACUUGACGGAGCAGUUAAGGGGGGCUGAAAAGAGACUUCUGACUAAAGAUAAAUUGGAUAUGUUGGUGAGUGACUCUAGACAGAAUGGGAGAUCUUAUAGACUUCGUGAUGAAGCUUUCGAAGUGCACAAAAGAUUACGAAAUGAGCCUGAAUAUGAAGGGAGAUAUUUUGAGGCACCAGUAAUAUCAUGUAAUGUCCCUGACAGAAAUUAUGCUGCUGCUGCUGAAAAAAUCAUUGACAACAAUACAUUGUUUGCAUUUACUGUCACUACACAGAGCGAUUUUGAUUUCCUUAGUAAGUUUUCGCAGCACACCAAUACCAACACGCCUUUGAGAUUGGUGAAUUCAGUAGUUAGCUCAACACACGAGUACAACAAACAACAAUUAAGAGAAUUUGGGUUUGAAGGUUAUUUGUCGGACUAUAUUGUUGGCCCCAAAGAAGUUUUAUCAAUGCUUUACAGCACCUCCAAAAUUCACACAAUCCCAGUCAGUAAACACCAAUUAUCUAGUGAGCAAGUAAGAAGAUUAACCAAUAUUUCUGGUAAUGACAGAUUGCCAUUUACAAAGUUUGUUGCAGGUGAUACGUUAUAUAACAUUCAAAGAUCCAAGUAUGGAACUCAACAGGCAUUUUAUAUUACAGAGAAAAUUGGCAGAUCACAAUAUUUUGGAGUUCAAGGGUUGUCACAAGAAGCAAAAGAUGCAAUUAACGAAGAAAUUUCCAAAUUUAGGGAGAGGAUCGAGCAAAAAAAGCGAGCCUAUGAAGGACACAGAAACAGCAUUGAUAGUUUCAAUGAACGUUUGACGGAAAUUAAACAUCACAUGCAAGACAUUAAGCGGAAACAGCAGGAAUUACAAGAGGCGUCGAGACGUGCAGGACAGCUUCAAACAAAGAUAGAGUUGAAAAAAGAAAGAGAACAGAAAUUAGAGAAGGAUUCCAAAAGAGAUUAUUCACUGAAAAUCAGAAUGUUUGAACAGAAAAUUGAUGAGAAAUAUUUAGCUUCUGGUCAAACAUUUGCUUCUUUGUCCAAUUGUGUUUUAGAACUUGCACAUAAAGAAAAUCAAAUGAAGUUGAAAAAAUUGGAAAUUAUUGGGUAUAAAAAUAAGAAGCUCACAGCUGAAAGUUUACUUGAUGAAUUAGGAGCAAGGCAGGAGAAGUUGAAGAAUGACUACAACAGAUACAAAAGAGAAUAUGAUGAAAUCAAGCAAAGUGAGGCAUUUAAAGAAAUAGAAAGACAAAACGAAGCUUAUACAGACGAGGAACGUUCUAGACUUGCUGAUUUGGCCCAAGUGUAUGUUGAAAAUGGCACAUUCACAGAAGCUACGAUCCGUCUGAAAAUAGACUUGUUAGAGGACGAGUUGUCGCUUUUGACAACUGCUGAUAGAGGAUCAAUAGAUGCGUUAAAACAGAAAUUACAGGAUAUACAGCUAGCAGAGACAAACUUGCCUUUGCUCCAAACGGAGAAGGAAAGAUUGGAUAAUAGAAUAAAAGGUAUUCAAGAAGAAUACGAAGGAGAGCUAACGCUGUUGGUUAACAAAAUAUCGUUGGCGUUUAAUAAACGAUUUACCAAAGUGGCUAGUGAUGGAAGGGUUCAAUUAGCCAAACUGGAACGGUUCAAAGAUUGGAAAUUGCAAAUUCUUGUUAAAUUCAGACAGGAAUCAGAAUUGAAAGUUUUAGAUCAUCAGUCUCAAUCCGGAGGUGAGAGAGCAGUUUCAACAAUUUUUUUCAUUAUGUCUUUACAAGGUUUAACCGAUGCACCAUUUAGAAUUGUUGAUGAAAUCAACCAAGGUAUGGAUCCAAAGAACGAACAGAUGGCACAUCGUUACUUAGUCCACACUGCCUGUCAAAAUAGCAAAUCUCAGUAUUUUUUGGUAACACCCAAAUUGUUAACUGGUUUAUACUACCAUCCAGAUAUGGUAGUACAUUGUAUAUUUACUGGGCCAUAUAUCACUGAUAAUGAAGAGAAACGUGAUAAUAGUAUUGGCUUGUUGGAUUUUGCCGUAUAG